AUGACCCGGCCACGCACCGAGACGUGGGUGCAGAAACCAAGGUGGAUGCACAGUGCACCCACCGCCUGCAUGAGCAGGGACCCAGGCCAUGCGUGCCGGGAGGUGCGGAAACGCAACAGCUCCGAGUGGUGCCGCUUCGUCCGGAGCAACCCCGACUGCCGGCUGGACGGCGGCUUCCUCGACUACAUCGAGGGGGUCUUCUGCGUCUUCCCCCCCCGGCUGCUCCCCCUGGCCGUCACCCUCUACGCUCUCUGGCUCCUGUACCUGUUCAUCAUCCUGGGCGUGACGGCGGAGAAGUUCUUCUGCCCCAACUUAUCGGCCAUCUCCACCAACCUGAAGCUGUCUCACAACGUGGCAGGCUUUUCCUUGAUGUUCCCUCUCCAUGGUGUCACCUUCCUGGCCUUUGGCAACGGGGCGCCGGAUGUCUUCAGCGCCGUGGUGGCCUUCUCCGACCCGCGGACGGCAGGGCUGGCCCUCGGGGCCAUCUUUGGGAAGGGGAGCCCCCACUGGGGGUGCCGGCGGCUCUUCAGGGUCUUCAAGGUGCCCGUGGAGCUGGUGCUGCUGCUCACCGUUCCCGUCGUGGACCCUGAUAAGGAUGACCUGAAUUGGAAGAGACCCCUCAACUGCUUGCAUGUCCUCACCAGCCCCCUGCUCUGCAUCCUCACCCUGAAGUCAGGCGCCUAUGGGCUGUACCAGAUCCAGGGCAUCUUCCCAGUCUGGGGACUGGUCAUACUGGUUGGCUCUUUCCUGGCCAUCAUCAUCUUCAUCACCACAAGCAAUGAGGAGCCGCCCAAGUACCACUGCGUAUUUGCCUUCCUCGGGUUUUUGGCCAGUGCCAUGUGGAUCAACGCCGCGGCCACGGAGCUGGUGAACAUCCUCCGGACCCUGGGCAUCAUCUUCCAGCUGAGCAACACCGUGCUGGGCUUGACGCUGCUGGCGUGGGGCAACAGCAUCGGCGACACCUUCUCUGACCUCACCAUGGCACGGCAGGGCUAUCCCCGCAUGGCCUUCUCUGCCUGCUUCGGGGGCAUCAUCUUCAACAUCCUGGUCGGCGUGGGACUCGGCUUGCAGAUGACCAGCAGCCGGCUGGUGGUGAAGCUGGAGCCCGACAGCCUCCUGGUCUGGAUCCUCGCCGGGGCCCUGGGGCUGAGCUUGGUCUUCUCCUUUGUGUCGGUGCCAGCGCAGUGCUUCCAGCUGGGCAAGGCGUACGGCGUCUGCCUCAUCCUCUACUACCUGGCCUUCCUCUGCGUGGCCCUGCUGACCGAGUUCAGGGUGAUCCAUCUCUCCGCCAUCUGACCGGCCCCACCGCUGGCAGGAGAUGCACAUCCAUCCCUGGCGCUCGCUCUGCCUCGCCGCCGGACUGGGGCCCUGCU